AUCACAUUUAAUAAACGGCGCGCCAUUCAACUGAAAUACGUUUAAAAAAGAAGUUUAUUAUCCUAUUAAUAAUUAAGUUAACUGAAGUUUAUUCACCCGCAAAAUGGUUUUACUCAAAAAUAUUUUAAUUCUUCUGUGUAUCAUUCUAGCACAGAAUGCAAAUUGUUGGUUUUUCUCCGGCAAAACUGACGGUAAACUUUCCCAGUCACAAAUUGCUUCCCAUGAAGUUGCAGAUGGGAGUGGACAGCCACUGCAGAAUGCACAGCAGCAAGUUUUUCGACAGGUACCCUUCGAAAUCAAACUUGUCGACGAUCGUUUGUUGAAAGAAAUAUCUGCUGUCGACGAAAUGAGCCUACUUGAUAGCUGCUAUCAUAGGGUCAUGGCAGAACUUCAAGGUUCAUGUGGGUUGAUGAAUGAAGAAGAAAUUUCCAAGCUGUCUGUUCAACUGCUCAACUGUCAAUCAUCUGUGGAGGGCCGUCAAACCUUCCUCUGCACCUCUGAUAUGUCAAUAGGAGAAUGUACAAAAGAAAUGGACUCAACACUGUGGAACUCCUAUCAGAUUGUUUCCAACAGAGCUCGAGCUGUUUGCUACCAGAUCAGACAGCAACAAUUUCGAUUCAAAACUGAGCUGACUGUCAAUAAAUUGGUGCAAACUUCUGAGGAACAACUGAGAAAUAUGAGAGAGAUGGAGUCAAGCCAGGAAGUGUUGAGGAACAUGACAGAAGAUGCUAUGAAGAAUGUGAUGGUGGGACAGGAGAGGUUGCUGAACCAGCAGGAUGAAAUUAGCACUACUCAGAUGAAAAUUGAAAGCCAGAUUGAAACAAAUUUGAAACAACUUGAAUUGGAGAAAAUUAUUAUUACAAGUGAAAAUGAGAAAAUUAUGAAAAUGACUGAACAGAUUCAUGACAAAUUAGAUGACACGAACAGUUGGCUGUCCAAGCAGGCAGAUGCACAGUCACAGAUGUACAAUGAGCUCAUGCAUGAUGUCAAUCAAAUAUUUACUGAGACACAGAGUGUGUUCAAAGUGUUGGAUGAAGGAAGGUCCCAGCUGAACAUGUUGAAAGAUGAAACAACUGAACACCUGGAUGAUGUUGUGCAGAACUUAAAACUCAUUAAUGGCUCCAUCAACUAUGUUGUUCGCAUGAUUGAAAGCGCAAAACUUGUUGUUUUUGAACAUUUGCAGACAAUUGAAGUUUAUUUGAAGUUGGCUGGAAAAGACUUGGACUUCUUGUCAACAUUUGCCUUUCACGUGAUUUACUUCUUUCUGGUGCUGUUCGCGCUGACCUUCUUUCAUUUGCAUCCAUUCUUUAAAGUCCUCCUCCUCCUCCUCGUCCUUGCAAAUGUCGCUAGUCUGGCCUACUUGGAAGUGUGUCUCAGUUUCGCCAACCUCACUUAUGUGCUUGUUUUCCUAAUUUUAUUCCACUACCUCAUGGUGGACAAGUGCAGCAGCAAAGUUGAGAGGGAGUCCGCCAAACAAUCACAGGGCUUCAACUCCACUUUGGCACUACCCAACAACGACAUUGCAAGGAAAAUCACAGGAUCAGGAUUGUCUCUCCCGGAAAUCCAGAAGGUUAUCCAGGUCUUGGAGAAGCUCAAAUGUGAACGUAACAAUGCAGAAGAGAUUGAAAUGAAUUCUUCGCCGAAAUGCGGUUCAUCUGUUAACAGUUCAUCCAGUAAUCAUGAAGCUUUUUUCAACGAUGAUGUGCAAAUUUCCUCUGACCCCUUCUCCCAGGAAGUCAUCUUAGGUGGCAGUUUCCUUCCGAUGAACCCGCCUCCCACUCCUAAUCAUUUUCCUAAUUUACCAUUGGAGGACUGCAAGGUUGAUCGUAACCUUCGAACUCCGCUGACAGCCAGGAGACAUUUGAUGAUGUCAUUCGAACAUCUGACCCCGACCAGGCGAACAAGCAGGUCAAGUUCUCCCGCCAGAAUGUCGACACCCAGGCAUAAGAGUCCAUCCAGAGAUAGCACCUUCAAUCGAUCGUUGAGACCCCAGUGUACCGCCAGCACGAAGUCAGGUACGACGUGCAAACUUCCCUGCCAAGAUGGCUCCUUCUACUGCCACGUGCAUCUCAACAGUCCUGCUCUCGACAGCUUUUAAAACAAAUACCACACUUAGAUAUCUCCAAACACUUUGUACAUAAUAGUUAUUGUUAGAUAACAUGGUUUUUAAUCGUUAAACUAAGUGCAAUACGUAUAUUCAUAACUUUAUUUAUAAUUUGUCAAAUGAUCGUGUUUUAUGGUUUUAUUUGAUAUCUUUGUAUUCACGUCUAACUUUAUGUUUUGUAGUUUUACGAAUUUUUCGAGAGAUUUACUGUUUGAAUCUGAUUAAUAUUUCAAUAUUAUGUGAAUAAUUUAGUACAAUCUGAAUAUUUUUUUAAAAUUUAUGGUCUGUAGGAAAUGAAUUUUCGGUUCGCUGAUAAGUUAAAUUUCGUCAAUUGGUUUUUCAACUUAUGAUCUUUUGAUCUACUAUGGAAUUUUUUGCGGUUCCGAUUUGGAUGGAGGCAGAUGAACAGUGAAAAACAUUUUAAAAUGAAUAUUUGGUCAAACAGUUUCGAAUUAUUAGCUCCACCUUUUAGCUACAGCUACCCCAUCAUCACAGCGUUUUCCAGCACCAAGGAGCGAUUUCUUUCACGAAAUUUGAAAUGUACUGGUGCAUAAAUUUUAAAUAAUGGUUCAUUAAAGUUUAAUUUAAAAAAUGUUAAGUGAUCCAAUAAAUAUUUAUAACUUA